AUGGGGAGCUGGAAGCGCAGCUCCCUCUGCCUCCCAGCGCCCGGCGGCUGCCGGGGAGCCCGUAAAUCACGCCUCGCUGGGCGCCCUCGUCGCCGGCCCGGCUCAGCCCCCCAGACCCAGCUCCAGCUCGACCCCCGGGGAGCCCCGCGGCGGUUUCGCUGGCGACAGAACCAGAGACGCUCCCGCCGGACCCGCCGCCGCCAACGGCCGCCGCUCGCGCCGCCGCCGCGCGCCCGCGGUACCUGCCGCUGCCCAGGGCCGCCGCCCGCCGGCGGGGCCGCCUCCUCCGCGCGCUGCCUCCGCGCGCUGCCCCCGCCGCGCGCCCCAUCCCGGCGCGGCGCUGGGGGCCGGAGCCAGCGCGGGGGCGGCGCGCGCCGCAGGGCCCGCCCCGCACGGCCCCCGCCGCGCCCCGCAGGGACCGGCUCCCGCCCGCCCCUCGCCGCGCUGUCCCGCCGCGCCCGGCCUCGCCCCGCCUCCGCGCCAACACCGCCACCGCGCCAGCACCGCGCCCGCCGCUAUUCGCGGGCAACUUUUCGGUUCCUGCUCCCGCCGCCCGGCCCCGCCGCGGCUCUCACCGCACCCGGCAGCGCGGGCCCCGGCCGGCGGAGCUCGGCGGCAACCGCGCCAUGGCGGGGCGGGGGCGGCACCGCCCCGGCCCCUCCGCGCUGCGUGCGCGGUGCUCCGCGAAACUUGGCCGGUAGUUUUACCCCUCCCAAAGCACCUCGGUAA